CGCUAUUUUUGGCAUAAUAUGACUUGUACGCCCAUCAUUAUUUAUUUCUGUAAAGUAAGAAAGAAAAAAAAAAAGAGUAAUUGCACUUCUUUUUCUCUUGCCUCUUUCCUUUCCUUUAUCCUCUUUUUUUCCUUCCCCUUUAUCUUUUCUUCCAGGUCAUGGUUGCGUCGUCAAAGAGUUUCUUGUUGGUGGCUGUCCUAUUGGUGGCCUUGUUCCAAACUGCUUAUGCAAGCAUUUAUUCCCAGCUUCAGUUCAUCAAGAUCCAAGAACCCAAGAACGGUCAGGAUUUCCGCGCCGGUGAAAAGCUUGUUGUGAAAUAUGUGAUGCAACCCCUUGUUUACGAACACACUUCCAUGGGCCGAGCUCUCAGCUUAGAUAUUAAUUUCCACCGUCGCACCGGCAACCAGAAGCAACAACAAAUUGCUAUCAUUCACAAGUCCUGCCCGGUUACUGCUAAGCAAGACAAGUUCGUGACCUACAAGAAGCAAUGGACUAUUCCCAAGAACACCAAGCCUGGAUCCUACGCCGUUGACUUUAUCGAACUUGUCCAGUUGCGCCGUGGAAGAAUCACCGCCACCGAAACCGUCAAGGUCAACAUUGUCGAUUAGAUGUAAAGAGGAUCACAGUUGAUCGCAUACAACGACGUGCGUUUUUUACCUCCGCCUUUUUAAAAUACCUUGCACGGAGAGCAAGUUCCUGCGUGUGAUAAAUAAAUGAUAUACUUGGUUUUUUUUUUUAUAGCUCACAGUAAAAAACAGCCUUGGCCUGUGGCUCGGCUGACUGUGGCAUAACCUACUUCAA